AGAGCAGUCAGUUAUUGUGUCGUUCUUAAAGUUUUCACUUCUUUUUCUUAAGCUUCUAUGCGCGCAUACGAUUUUAUAUUUUACUGUGCAGCCUUUCGAGUUGAUACCUAAAAAUUAACAUUGGUUAUAAAAGGACGUACUUUGGAAAUUGUAGAAGUUGUUUUAAAGAUUCGCAAAAAUGUUUAAAGAAUUUGCUAUAUUAAUUGGGGUAUUGUGCGUUAACGCCGAAAUUGAAAAAAAUACCAUCAACGAGGACGGGUCAUUUUCGUUUCGGCAUUCCAACAAUGACAUUGGAGGUUAUUAUCAUAGCGCUUCGGCUAGUCCAGACAAUACAGUAAGCGGUCGGUAUGGCUCAAGGAACCCUUUGACCGGACAAGUGGAAGAAGUAGUGUACACUGCCGGACCACGUGGAUUUCGUGUGAAUGGGCCAAAAAUUCACCGCGAAAUGGACUUGUCGCAAUACUCUGUUAGACAGCGCGGCAAUGCAGAUGACCCAUUAGCUGAUCCAUUUGAUGAUCCUUCAUACAGCUUCAGCUUUCGAUCUGAAGAUCAAUCGCGUACAGAAAAUAGUGAUUACACGGGCCACGUGCGAGGACUCUAUUCAUACUUGGAUGACGUAGGCGAAAGUCACAGUGUGAGAUACGCCGCAGGUGCAGGAACAGGUUUCACCGUUUUGAAUUCUGUACCUGACAGUCCUGUGAAUGUGGCAUAUGUAGCACCUCUUUACAAGGCCCAUCCAAAGACUCGUGGUAAGAUGACAACUCAACGCGGUCCUAAUGGAACAUACAAAUUAAUUGCUGCUGGACCCGACCAUCGCCGCGCUGAAAGCCGAAGUCGAGAUGGAUUUGUAAGAGGUACUUACUCAUAUUUGGAUGAUGCUGGUGUUCAGCGCACUGUAGAGUAUAUAGCUGGACCAGGUAUUGGAUACAGAAUAGUGAAAAAUCGUAUGGGCCCGGGAUCUCAUAUUAACCCAUCACUAAAUGAGUUCAGAUUGAGUGAUACGGACUUCAAAUUAGCAAACGACUUUGAAAUAGGAAACAUCGGUGGCACCAGAGAUGUUCCUGUAGCCGAAAAUGAAUCAAGGAAAGAAGAAAAUUAUUUAAAAAACGCAAACAGCAGUUCAAAAAAUUUGCAAAGCGUUGAGAGCAAUAAAUUAGACAAAAAAAAAUCGAUUACUGGUGAAUCUGUCCGGGACGAUGAAUUGCUAAAAAAGACGAAAAGUGAUCGUAUGGGAGCAGCUAGCACCAACCGCGGAGCAACCCGCUAUGGAGGUACUCUUGGGGAUAACUAUGAUGGAGGGUACAAUUUUAGUUUGAUACGUAACCGGCAAAAGCAAAAUGAUGAUAGUCACAAAAAUCGCAAAGCUAUGAGCUCUGUUUCCCACAUAAAUAAUCGUAAUCGAACUCCAAAUUCCUCUGCGUCACAUAACUCAGUGGGGAACAGCCGUAAUCGUGAUAGUGCCACUGACAGUUACAAUUACGAUUCGCCAUCUUCUUCUACAGACUCGUUAGGUUUCAGUGAUGAUGACCUCAGUUCACUGCCCCCGUUAAUAACAAGCAGCCAAAAAAUUUUACAAAUGGAACGAGAUCGUGACUGGUUGCAACGGCAUCGAGACUCCACAAUAAUCCAAAAUGUAGGUAAGUGGUAUAUUGGUCUGCCUCCAGGACAUAGUGUGCGGGCACAUAUACAAAAUAUAGAUUUACUACCAGUUGGCGGGCGCAGAGUUCCAUCCCCAUCAGAGGCAUUGAGACAAGACGAAAUUGCUGACAUAAUAACAUCUAUGGAAGGUGAAAUGGCUUAUAAUAAGUAAAUUUAGAGAAUUCAAGAAACUUUCCAGUAAUACUUAACAAUAGAGCUUGAAGCAAAUUCAAUAAAUAAAGUUAAAUUAUUUAGUAAAAAACUUAAAA